AGACAUGUCAAAAUCAUUCGUAAAAGUGAUCUAACAUAAAAAUGACCAACAAAAAUUAAAUAAAAAUAAUAAAACACUUAUUAAAAUAAGUUAAAUUGCAAAAUCGAAAAGUGAUCACUAUAACAAAUAUUUAGUGCUAUAUAAUUAUCAUGUGUGCCUGUACUUUUUACCCCACAUGCCCGGCAACAAUACCGUGUGGUCUCGGGCCAUGUACUUACUCGUGUCCCCCUCCCGCAGCUUGUUGUCAGCCAUGUUGCCCUCCACCCUGUCCUUGCACACCAUGCCCGCCUUGUAGAUGUGAAACGACAUUUCGGCAGUGUCCGGCGCCUGUGAUCCCUGACCUUGUAGCUCCCGUAGUACCAAUUCUCCCGCCAUGUAGACCGCGGCGAGCCCCUCCAUGUGACCCACCUCCAUACCCUCCACCGAAGCCAGUUUGUUGCCCUCCUGUUUUGCCAUGCUGCCCUCCACCAGAACCAUGUGAUUUACCACCUGUGGCCCCGUGUCCAGAGCCAACUCCAUGCUACCAGCCAGUGCUGCCGUGCUGUAAUCCCCAGUGUCCUCCGCCUAUAAUCCCGAAGCAGCGGCCCAUCUGUCCCAGAGCCCUGCCCGCGCCGUUCCCGUGCUUGCCGGUGUCCCGCAGUUGCUGUCCGUACUGCGAGCUGGACCCAGUGACUCGGCGACGGCCUCUGAUUGUCCAUGACAGCGUCUUCCAGACCAGAAUGUCUGGUCGGCCCGCGGAAUGCUACACGCGACGCAAUCCGAACGUUCGCUACGAAGUCAGGAAUUACGUGAAAGAGGGAACUGGAUGCGCCUGCGCAGUUGACGUCCCAUUAAUAUAGCAAAGAUUGCAUUGGAAAAAUUACUUGUGAUUGUUUUUAUGUCAAAAAGUAUUGCCGUCGAUUGUGAAAAAUAUAUUUUUCGGAAUA